AUGAUUCUUCUAAUUCUAUCUUCAAACUUCACUAAAUGUUGUUUGCCUACAGAAUACGUUGAUGAUCCCGAAGUCGGUGAGUUGUUUUACAAGGGAUCUUGAAAAGUUCAUUUGUAUAAUUUUCAGACGAAGAAGAUGUUGAAGAAACAUUGGUAACUGAAUCGGCAUCGAAAUUACACACCCUUUUUUUUUGCAAAAAGCAAAAUAUUGAGAGAGUGCGAGACAACGUGCGAAAUGUGCGAAAUUUGCAAUGGAGCGCACUUCCAUUCUUACUUUUAUUUCAAUGUUUUUUUUUCGAAAAAACAGUUUUUUUCUGUUUUUUCGAGUUUUUCCUGGUUAUUUGAGAAAAUUCAUGUUGAUUUCAAAUGGAAAACUAUUUGCUUUGUGUUUCAUACCAUGAUGCUCUGUAAUUUCUUAAUUAUUUCAACUUAUGAUCGAAAAUUAUGUUUUCUUUGGUUUUUCACUGAAAUCGAUGAUUUUUGAGGCGCAAAUUUAGUUAAAUAUUUCAGAAGAGAUGGACAAAUUAUGUAUUGGUUCAAAACGAAAAAGUGAAGUUGAUCAUGAUGUAAAUAUUGAAAGAAAAAACAUAAAAUUAGAUGUGAAUGUUGAUAACACACAAAUUGUAAGUUUUUAAAGAGUGUUCUUUCAUUAUGUGAAUUGUUUGUUUUCAGUUAUGCUCCUCAAUAUCCCCGAAAGUUUUUCCGAGUGCGCUAGAUUCAGAAGUUGGAACUGCAAGUUCUUCCGUAAAGGUAUUCAUAUAUUUUCGAGAAUUGAGAACGAAUUGUAAUUUGUAGGUUUUAUCAACAUUUAAAACUCCAUCAAUUCGCUCCGGGCCAUAUGAAGAUGAUCGAUGGAAACAGAACAUGCGAACAUAUAAGAUAAAAAUGCCCACAAGACCAAAACAAAUGGUGUCUCGCGAUCUACGUCAAUAUAUUGACAAAAAUCCGGCGAUUCAAGCAUCGGUUAAAAGAGUUAAUUGUGCGACUGGUUUUGAUAUUGCUUGUAAUCCUGGACCAUCGAGUAUUCAAUCAAAUGGUGUAUUAAUGAAGAACAAUAGCGAUGACAUUCCUAUGAAAUUGGCUGAAAACUUGAAAGAUUCGUAUAUUAUCCAGAAACAGGCUGAAAAUUUUGCUCGCCAAUUGAAUCAAAAGGAACAACAAUUAAAUGAGCUGACGGAAAAAGUUGAAGAAUUGCUGAACUUAAAUGAAUUGUUUCGACAAAAUUCAGCGAACUUCGAAAAAGAGAGAGAGAAAUGGGCAGUGGACAAUGAAAAAAUGAAAAAUCGUCUCAACAGUUGUCUGGAAAUUGCAGGUUCUUUGCGAGAAGAUCGUGAUAAUCUUUUGAAACAAAUAAAAGAAAGGAAUAUUGAAUCGAGAAAUGAUGCUACGCGGUGCCGUGUACCUUUUCAUCUUCUCAAAAGAUAUCAAAAAAUUGAAAGAUGUAAAAGAGUUUCCGAGCAAAUCGAUGUUAUAAGAGGCGAUUGUGACACUCAAGAAGAUUUGGACGAGGCGAAUAAAUUGAUAAUCGAAGAACUGUCUGAAAUGCUUGGCGUGUCGUUAACUCUGCGGAAACUAACACCAUUUGAAGAUUUCGAAAUUUUUCGAAAAAAUGGUGUAUCUUGGGAUAUUCGAGCUAAGAUUAAAUCAAUGUUGAUUGAGCAUGGUUUGGAUAUCUUAUGUGCUACAAAUGCUGUGUUUUUAUGGGAAAAACAAUUUGGUGAGCAGUUUGAAUCUUAUUAUACCAAAGAAUAUGUUCGUAUUGAUUCGAAGACAACCAUUCCUGUUGUUUACUGCUCAAACAUACGAGAUUUGUUGAUUAAAAAAUGUGAGGUUUUGAUCGCUUCGGGACAAUUGGAUCUGGGUGGAAAAUUCGGUGGGAAGUUAUGGGUUUGUGGAGCUUCUGACAAAGGUGGUGAUAUAACGAAGAAUAUUCUAUCCAUAACAAACACACCAUUUCCAAAUUCUUUGAAAGCUUGCAUAUUCCUGGCUUCAUUCUUGGGAGAGGAAACACAAUACCUGCUUCGUCUUUGUUUUGGUAAAGUUGCGGAUCAGAUGCGAAAUCUCAAAACGAUAAGGUUGAACGGUGUGGACAUCGAAGUUGUGCAACAUAUAGUUGGCGAUUUCAAAAAUCAAUGUUUCAUGACAGGAUUACAAAGCACAGGAUCAAAAUAUGCAUGCAUUUUGUGUGAAUUCGCCACGGAAAAGGUUACGAAUUGGGUUAUAGGCAAUUGUUGUAAGCAAAGGACUAUGGAGAGUUACAAAGAGUUAGCUGCGAAAUAUAAUUCAAGAACUUUCAAGAACAACAAUCAGCGGUUGAAAUGGGCACAAGAAUGUCUUUCAGUGGUAUCCACUCCAAUAUUCGACAUUCCUUUCGAUAAUUAUGUACCUCCGAUUUUACACAUAUUACUCGGAUUGGCUAACUUUUUAAUUGAUUUUCUCGAAUUUUAUAUAAUUCUCAUGGAUCUUCUUUUGGCUGAUUGUGAUGUGUCGAAACUCAAAAAACCAUCAGAUUUAAUAUCGUAUCCAAAAAUUAUCGAAUCCGAACAUCAAGGAACUUUGGCUUUACGAAAAUUGUGCAAAACAGAGGGUGAAAUUUUGGAAGAGAUUUUGAAAAUCGAAAAAACCCAUAAAACGCCUAUCAGAUCUUCCAAACGCUCAACAUGUCGUAAAAAUGUAACUUCUACGCCCAAAAAAUGUGCCUCGUCGAAUUGUUACAUUCACGAAUCAAAGUCAAAAUUAAAUAUGAAUAAAUCCACAAUGCUUGAAUGUGAAUCAUGCUCUUUGAAAUAUCAUGCAACAUGUGAAAUAUAUGUGUCAAGUUUGCAUAUUGAAGCGGUCGAAAAUGAUGGUUUUGUUUGUACAUCUUGUGCUCCACCUAAUGGUGGUAAAUUAAAAAUUAUCGAGAAAAGAAAGAAAGAAAAUGAAGAAGAAGCGAAAAAAAUCGAAGAAUUGAUAGCUGAAAGUGACUCGAAACAACGAAAAAUUCACGAAAUUAUCGUUGAAAGGCGUGGAUUCAACAUUGAUAGAUUUACCAAAGAACUAUCAAGGAUCAGCGCCAGAAAAGAUCCCCGCUCAAAAAAAUAUAAUGGAAAUCAUUUGCGAAAAAUACUCCGCCCUUCUACAAUUGAUUCAUUUUUUGAACUAUUCGACAAUCCAUUGGAAUUCAAAUUAUAUUCACUAAGAGAAUUAAUGCUUUCAUUGUCAAAAAUCCAAACAUUGUCGGCCGCAAGAUUUUUAGAUCCAUUGGAAAUCAACGAGGUGAAGCAUGAAAUUGCGAACUAUGUGUCUCACUACAAAAAAGCAUUUCCCAUGCAGAUAAUCAGCCCAAAAAUGCACACUUUGAGUGGACAUGUUCCUGAUUACAUUGAUCGGAAAGGAACUCUCGGUAUCAUGACAGAACAACCAAUAGAAAUGGUGCAUGCCAGGUGGAACGCAGGAGAAAAGUUGUUCACAUCAUUUAAAGGCGCUGAUUUGAUGCAACGAGUUAUUUGUUAUUUGAUAUGCAGACAUUUCACUUAAUUAUUCGUGAGUUUUUUCGAACAUUUUUAUUCAGUCUCAAUCAAAAUCUAUGAAAAAUUUCAGUUGCUCUUCAAAUCUUCGCCUCAAAUCAAUAAAAAUCCACAAUUUGCCGAGAAGAAGUUGCUGUUGCUCAAAUCGUCAUUUUGUUUGUCAUCAUAUGUUCAUAAAAAUCACAAAUUCUUCCCAAAUCACUGGUAAACUAUUUAAAAAUUAUUUUCUCAAUCAAAAUCUAUGAAAAAUUUCAGUUGCUCUUCAAAUCUUCGCCCCAAAUCAAUAAAAAUCCACAAAUUGCCGGGAUGAAGUUGCUGUUGCUCAAAUCGUCAUUUUGUUUGUCAUCAUAUGUUCAUAAAAAUCACAAAUUCUUCCCAAAUCACUGGUAAACUAUUUAAAAAUUAUUUUCUCAAUCAAAAUCUAUGAAAAAUUUCAGUUGCUCUUCAAAUCUUCGCCCCAAAUCAAUAA